GGGCGGAGAGAAAGGGUGUGCGCGGCCCUUCCGACGUCUGCGCGGGCUUGUGGCUCCGCUUGGCUGAGGGCUCGUUUGUCCCGCCCCGUGCCCGCGGCGUCCACUUCCUGACUCUAUCUACCUUUAGUGAAACCAACGAGAGGACUUCUCUUGCAUCUAGAGCAGCCGAUCGGGAGUGUAACCGAGGAGUGAACGAACGUGAAAGGAAAGCCGUGAGCAGCUGCGCUUUCCUGCCCCUGAUCCGUUCUAGACGCGGGAAAAAUGCUUUCUGAAAGCAGUUCAUUUUUGAAGGGUGUGAUGCUGGGAAGCAUUUUCUGUGCCUUGAUCACUAUGCUAGGACACAUUAGGAUUGGUUAUGGAAAUAGAAUGUACCACCAUGAGCAUCAUCACCUACAAGCUCCUAAUAAAGAAGAUAUUUUGAAAAUUUCAGAGGAUGAACGCAUGGAGCUCAGUAAGAGCUUUCGGGUAUAUUGUAUCAUCCUUGUAAAACCCAAAGAUGUGAGUCUUUGGGCUGCAGUGAAGGAGACUUGGACCAAACACUGUGACAAAGUGGAGUUCUUCAGUUCUGAAAAUGUUAAAGUGUUUGAGUCAGUUAACAUGGAAACAAAUGACAUGUGGUUAAUGAUGAGAAAAGCUUACAAAUACGCCUUUGAUAAAUAUAGAGACCAGUACAACUGGUUCUUCCUUGCACGCCCCUCAACGUUUGCUAUUAUUGAAAACUUAAAGUAUUUUUUGUUAAAAAAGGAUCCAUCACAACCUUUCUAUCUAGGCCACACUAUAAAAUCUGGAGACCUUGAAUAUGUGAGUGUGGAAGGAGGAAUUGUCUUAAGUAUAGAAUCAAUGAAAAGACUUAAUAGCCUUCUCGAUGUCCCUGAAAAGUGUCCUGAACAGGGAGGGAUGAUUUGGAAGAUAUCUGAAGAUAAGCAGCUAGCAGUCUGCCUGAAAUAUGCCGGAGUGUUUGCAGAAAAUGCAGAAGAUUCUGAAGGAAAAGAUGUAUUUAAUACCAAAUCUGUUGGGCUUUUUAUUAAAGAGGCAAUGACAAAUCACCCCAACCUGGUAGUAGAAGGAUGUUGUUCAGAUAUGGCUGUUACUUUUAAUGGACUGACUCCUAAUCAGAUGCAUGUGAUGAUGUAUGGGGUAUACCGUCUUAGGGCAUUUGGGCAUAGUUUCAAUGAUGCAUUAGUUUUCUUACCUCCAAAUGGUUCUGACAAUGACUGAGAAGUGAAACAAGAGCAUGUAUAUGAUCACUGUAUAGGACAUGUGUUGUUAUUAUUUGUAGUAACGACUACAUUCCCAACACAGUAAUGAUUUUUUUUUCUUUUUUCAGUUUGGUGGCACUAAUUACACAUUAAAGGUUUAAUCACACAUUAAAGUUUAGUAGCAAUUUUAAAAUAGGCUAUUUUUUCCUUAAAACACAUGAAAAUUUCAAACAUGUUGGAAAGAUGUUUUAAGAAUAAUUUUGAAAAUAAAGGAUAUAUUUAUAAAUAUUAUGUGGUAAAUUAUAAAUUACAAACAUUAAAAAUCUGUGGCACAUAUUUUUGCUGAUUUGGUUAAAAAUUUAACAUGUAAAGACAUGAAUCUCUAGUUGUGAAUUUGUAAAGUAAAACUUUUAGCUGUGUUUCCAUUACUUUUAAUGUUGGUUUAUGUUCUAAGCCUCCACCAGUGCCAAUGGAUUUGCUUCCUCAAAAUACACAACCAAGUAAAAAAGGAAAUGUUACCAACCAAUGUAAACAUGAAAGUUAAAAUCUAUUCUUGAGGAAAAAAGGUGAAAAUUACUUAUAAAGGUUACUAAUUUUCCUGGGAGCUAAUUUAGGGCAUUCCUCAGCAUACACAAUUUCAGUGUAACUCUCUGUACUUCUCUAUGCAGACACAGAAAUUGGAGUUGUGACUGUGAAGAAUAUGUCAUUUAACUGCAUUGCUUCUCAGUUAAUCAAGCUCUCAACUGUGGCUUGGAUAAAAAUAUAUCAGUUGAGAUUUAGUUACUCAUGGUGGGCAAAUGAGUUCUGUGGAAGUCUCCUUCGAAAAACUUCUUUUGGCAAUCUGGCAGUUUCACUUGCCUGAGUUGAGUCCAUCCUGGUUUUCUUUACCUGUUCAAAUUCUGAGAUCUCCCCACAUUCAUGGCUGUACCAUAUUCCAACUGUUUUUGUUGUGGAAGCCUUAACUUCACCAUUCACCUUGGAUUACAAUACUAUUUGCCUAAUUUCAGUGGCUACUUAGAAGCUUUAUCCAGUGGUGAAUACAGUAGUGCCUGUGCUUAUAAAUUUGUGUGAUACUUAAAGCUAACUUGUCCUAUAAUUGGGCCUGCACAUGCUAUAUUGAGUCAGGUCCAUAAGCCCCCAUAGGGUGUAAGACAUUUUAGAGUUCAAUAUUUCCUGUAACUGGCCUCAUGAAGUUAAUGGUCUCCUACAGCUUUCACAAACUAGAAAAAGAAUUUCCUUAAGAGGGCCUUGAGCUUCAAAUUACCGCUCAUCGGAAUAUUGUGUAAAAUCCCUAUUUUAAUUUAUCUGACUUUCCUUAUUGGGACUUUUGGUUAAAAUGAAAGGUUAUUAGUUUUGAAAAAUAAUAAAACCCCUUUAUCAGGCACCCUAAUAUGUGGUCUCAGGUGCAAUUACUAUGGGUCAAAUCAUGUUCAAUGUGAGUACAAUGAUAAACAGUAUCUCACUGAGUGUGACACCCAUUUUAUAAGUGGCACCUUGCCCCCAAUACCAGUAUAUUAAAUUUCUGCUUUAUUUAUCACUUCCAAUUACAUUAGUGUAUCACAGUAUAGUUGUAAUAAAUAUAUCAGAGAAUGCAUUCCAUUGUUUGAUUUCCUAGUGAGUGCUAAGGUAACAAUUGCCUUUUAAAUCACAUUGAUGUUGUUGAUUAUAUUUUUAUACAUGAGUAUUUCUUUAUAAAAUGUUGUCUUAAAUAAUAUGCUCUUUGAAAUUAUUUGUACCCAGUCUUGUAAAUAAAAUCUGAAUCAGUAACAUGGAAAAUAGUACUACUGAGGUUAUGGUUACAGAUUUGAUCACCGUGCAUUCAAUAGCCAAAAACUGUGACUCUAACCCCACGCUGUUAUUGGAGGACGAGUCGGGAAGAAUGAAAGUUUAAUGGAAAUUGAUCAUAAUUGUGAAUAUACUUUACAUAUGGCUAGUAGCUACCAUAUUGGACAACAAAGGUGUAACAAUUUUCGAAAAUGUGAUACCCACUGACUGAAAUAUGAAUGAGAGAAAACUUGAAGUUUCCUCUAAAAGUUGUGUUUAUCUUUCUGGUUGUCUUAAAUGCAGUGAAAACUUCAACCUGACUCUUAGUAGGCCCCAGGCCAUCUUCUUACACAAGUUCAAUGACUAGAUAUUCCUCCUGAAAAUUAAAAUAUUGGAUUUGGAAAAAAUUA